AUGGCUUCCACCGACAAGUCACCGGACCCAACGCCGGCGAAUGGCGAGGAACAAACUCCGGGGAAGGGAAUGGGAAUUGGGCAGCACGUGAUAGACAAGGGUGCAACGAUGAUGCAGUCCCUGGAACCCAUCAACAUGAUGAGUCAGCACGUGUGCACCUUCGCUAUCUAUAGCCACGACAUGUCUCGCCAGAUUGAGACCCACCACUACUGCACCCACCUCACCGAAAGCUUGCUCCAAUGCGCCGUCUAUGAUUCUGAUGACUCCAAUGCCCGUCUCCUCGGUGUGGAGUACAUUGUUCCUGAUUAUAUCUUUGAAACACUGUCUCCCGAGGAGCAAAAGCUUUGGCAUUCUCAUGCUUAUGAGAUCAAAUCAGGUCUCUGGGUGAAUCCUAGAGUUCCAGAGAUAAUUGGGAUGUCAGAGCUCGAAAACCUUGCCAAAACAUACGGCAAAUUCUGGUGUACAUGGCAGGUUGACAGAGGGGAUAGGCUUCCUAUGGGUGCACCUGCUCUGAUGAUGUCUCCACAAGCAGUGAGUGGUGGUGUGGUGAAGGCAGAGCUUGUGCAUGAGAGGGAUGCAAAGUACAAUAUUUCCUCAGAGAGUCUGAAAAGUUCAAGGAUUGAGAUUCCGGAGCCUGAGAUGAUCAACCCAAUGGCUGACUACUGGAAGCAACAUGGAAAAGGAUUUGUCAUUGACAUUGAGGAGACUCUCAUGAAAUUGAGGGCACCGUUUCCUUGA